GCGGGUGGUUUGGUUAUGGAAUGAUCGAUAUCAGCGCGGUAAGGGAAGAGGACUUUGGUGAUGUGCUCGACACUGAUGUCAGCGACGUUUCAGUGGAGGUCGAGGCCGUUGUAAGCGACCAAGAUGCUAACCACGGUGCCCUGAAAAGCACCGUGGUGUCCAGUCCCAUUGUUAUGGCGAUCUACAAGGUCAAUUACUCGAUGAACAAGCCUGUGGAGGGCCUGGAGGAGCUGCGAAAUGAGAAUGAUGGUAAUAUAAUGACAUCCGAGAUGGUUAGAGAGCUCAAUGUGCCUGAGGGUGAUUCAUUCAACACUGAUGGCUUCGACAGCUUGGAAGCAGAUAUGUUGAAGUAUACCGAAUCCAAGGCCAAAGGUGCAGUAAGCGGAGCGGACGUGAAGGAUGAUGAGGUUUCUGAGGACUACCAGCCUGAACUUGAUUCAGUUGUAGUGCGUGUUCACCAAUCAUAUAUCAGUACUGGUGAGGACUCCGUGUUCCCUUUACCUGCGGCAGUGAGGGCUUGCAACGUUCUUCCAGGUGCAUCCCUUGGUGACGGACUAUUCGACGAGGACACCCUUGUUGUUACCGUCAUGUCACAGCUGGUUCUGCUCAUAAGGUUCUUUGCUCAAGGGGAUAGGGUUGUGCCCUACGUUGUUCAAAGCUGGAGAACCUCACACCCUACUGAAGACGUCAAUGCUUUAACUACCGUGGGACGUGAGAUCCUGGUACACAAGUCUGGUUCUGUUAUAGCCUUACCAGCUCAAAAGGACAUUGUUCGGCUGUACUACUGUGCUCAAACUCCACGUGGUGUCAUGCUCGAUCAAAUACAUAAUUUGGUUGUAGACGGCACAAUCCUGCACUCUUGCUUCCUCGAUCCACUGAAGGAUGUCCCUGGUGGACAUGCGAUGCUGUGUGUCAUGAUGAUAACGUCCCAAAAGAGAUACGUUAUUCGACUCUAUGAAUGGUGGAUUGAUGAACGAAGAAUUUCAGAGCAUACGCCAUUACUCCUGAACAAUGAUUUUGAAAUUCCUGUUUUUGUUAUUCCCUUCAAACAGAGGAUCUUCAUGAUGAUGCCAAAGUCAAUCAUUGUGGUUGGAAUCAACAAUAUACUGUCUGCUGAUAAAGGAUUCCUUGGUGUUGAGUUCCCUGGCUCCUUCCCCGUGAGCUGCUUCAGGCCCACAACACCAAUUAUAGCGCCAGAUCCAGACGAUGAAGUUCUCAUAGCGACAGAAGAUGGCACAAUAUACUCUGUUGUGAUAUAUGAUGAGAAGAUUCAUAUCCGGCCAAUCCUAAGAAUACCAAAGAUCUCAAAGUUCAUUUUGGAAAAGAGAGAUUCACAAUACCACCUUGUGUAUUCCAGAGAUCUAUCAUAUGGUGGCUGUAUUGUUUUUGAUGACAUUGUUCGUGAUUCUUUAGCCACUGAUAAGCUGGAAAAGAGCCAAGGUCAUAUGAUUCUUAAGUGGGAUAAUUGGGCACCUCUGUGGGAUGUUUCUGUUGUAAUGGAUAAGGACAAUAAUGAAGAAUUGUGGUUAGCACAUGGCAAGUACUUGUCACUUCUAAAAAGGGGAUACUCUGCUACAAAGGAGAUAUCAGAUUCGUCUCUGAAACGGGCUUCUAAGGUGUACAUGUAUGAGGUGAAUGAUUCCUUCUACUUCAUUUUUUCCUUUGUCGAUAAAACGCUUAUGUUUAGGUUAGAGGACGAUUCGCUGGUUGAGAUCAAUGAUAACAUGAUUGAUAUGUUGAGACCAACACUUUACAUGUAUCGGUUCGGCGAUAUCUGCAUUCAAGUUACUGACAAUUCUAUCAUGGCCCUUGAUUUCUACGAGGACAAUGUUAUCACAAAGGAUUUCUCCGAGGAUAUUGUAAUGGCACACGGUCUAGAUGAAGUACUAGCCGUCAUAUCAGAAGAUGUUGUUAAUGAUGAGUUCCGUACAACUCUGACGGUACAUCAACUCGAAACAAGUUCGUGGACUAGCGAUCCUCAUAAAUUUUUGAUCUCUACCAGUCCGAAUUUUGUCAGGGUGAUAGCUGUUGAGUACAGGUUCUUUAUAGUCAUUGGCUUCCAAUCAAGUUUAGCAUUUUGGGAACAAACAGAAAACGGGUUCGAGUUUCGAGAUGAAAUCGUUAUUCCUUUCAAGGAACUCCACGAUUUAGUACAAGUUGGCGAUAUGGUGUAUCUGAGCACUCGAUAUGGAAAGUACAUCUGCUACAAUCUACACAUCAAUGAUGAGAGUAUUGACUUAGAAUACCUAUACCACAUGCAAUUAUGCACUUUGCCGAUUGAAUUUCAUUUAGCCAAUGAUCACAUUUUACUGAUUUCCAAAGGAGUAUGGAGACUAGAAUUCAACUCGAAGUUCCCCGUGCCCAUUAUAUUCCAGGAAACGAAAGACCGUUGUGUAUUUUCAUGUAUUCAUACAAUUGGGUCUAAAUACGCUAUGCUUAGAGAUGAUGGCUUUACAAUGUUUGAUGUCUCAUCUCAAUAUGCACCAGUUUUGAAGACAAUCAGCUUGGGGAAAGUUCCCAAGAAAAUCCAACACAUAUGUCAUCUCAACAUAUUCGCAAUAAUGACAGAGAAUACACUAUUAUUCACCAACAAGCACACAGUUUUGGAGACGAGGUUAUUCUCUAGAAAGCAGAACAGGUCGGUAUUUGGCAAUGAUGAAACUUUACACCACAUUUCUGAAUGGAUCUUACCAACUUCUGAGAAGUCAUUCAGAAACAUACUAGUUGCGUGCAGUAACAAUAAUGGUGGAACCAUCAAAGUAUUACAACCCAAAGUUCACGUUGAGGAUGCCAAUGUGAUUGAAUGUUUUGAGAUUUACUCCAUAAAGGCACCUGAAGCAGUCCUGGUUGUUGAACAAUUAAACGAUAAUGAGAUCAUUUAUUCUUCCGGGUCCACGCUGUACAAAUGUCAGUAUGACCACAACAAGAAAAAGAUGAGUGAACCAAUAUCACUUAAACUGUUCAACGAAUUAAUCACUGGUAUUAGUGUCGGUGAACUCGGGAUCACUGUGACGACAAAGGACCUUUCAGGGCUCAUCAUCAAUAACGUUGGACAGGAGCUUGAGUGUCGUCUCCAAUAA